GGCUUCCGAAGUCUCGCGAGAUUCUGCGCGUUCACAUUCAGUCGGUCGAAUAUGGCAUCGAAUUGUAAAUAUUUCGACGAAGACUCCGUUUACCGUAUUAACAAGAAAGGCCGUAUCGAAUUUGGACUGGUUUUAGAGAACGCCGAGUACGUGAGCAGCGACGAGGAUGACGAAAACUCUCCAAGUGUACCUCAGUGGGAACGCAUGAAACGGGGACAUGUCAGAGUGGCAUGGCACCCCAAGGGUCGAGAGGAAGUUUUGUCCGAAAAAAGGGUGAAGCUGCACGACAGAUCUUUAAUGCCCGGUGAUAUUGUGCGCAAAGUAGUGAAAGGAAAGAACACACAACUAGGUUAUUGCAGGAAUACCGAAGUGUAUGCCACGGUUCAAAUCUUUGGCACGAGCAGCGUCAUAGCCAAUGUCAAUAGCAGAGAUUUGCAACCCCUUGAGCGGUUUAGUCCAGAUGUUGCUGUCUUCCUGGACUCCUGGGUCGGUAUGAUCGAAAAUGUCAAGUCCGAACUGAGCAUCCGUUUCCAGGAUGGGUCAAGGUGUAUUAUCCAAGAGGACGACGCGUACGAUCUGGACGACGUACUCGAUCGCAGGUGCUUGUCGUCAGAGUUCAAGAUCUCGGGAUACUACAAGGGCCAGAAGCUCUUUGGACCCAUGCAGUGCUUCGAAAAUGCCAAGUGGCUCCAUCGAACCAAAGAGACGACGGCAUUGCUCUCGAAGCCCCGCAAGAUGGUACAAGUUACCGUAGAUGAGGUAAAAGUACUGUGCCUCUAUGUCCAAGGUGUCUGCAAGGCUUAUCAAGAUAAUGCCAGUGCACAAAACGACUCGGAACUCAUAAAAUACGUAAUCGAAGGAGAGACGCUCGAUAGGGUGAAGAUGCUGAACAUCUUUGAACGGUGUGCUCUGCAAAUCGGCGACCGUAAUUACUACACGAUCAAAGAUUCGGACGUCAUCGUGACCGUGGACGAGUGGAAACGCCAGUGCGCAUCCAAGUACAUUCAACAUCCUCAGCACUCGGAUUGUCCGACAAGAGGAAACAGGGACAGCAUAGGAGAUGUCAGCCUGGUGGCCAGUCACGGAGACGCGGGAGAAGUUGUGAAUCACCGCAACGAAAUCAGCGAUUCAGACUACGAGGACAUUGAGGAUUGUGACAACACAUCCGACAGCACAUCCGUCACGAGCGGUUCGCUGACGUCUGGUCUGGGGCUUCGGAGACCAGCACUGAUCACCAAGUUUGUCCCACUGCAUCUGCGAAGAGGAAGGCACGGGCCUUCACUGGCGACUCGUCUCCUGAAGAAGCGCAAACUGCAUCGACCGCGGAAGAGGCCCGUUCAGGAACAGGUGACCGUGAAUCCGGGCGACGUAGUUGUCGUAGAAGCACUCAGCACGGACACCGUUGUUGAAGUGGUCUGGCAAGACGGUACUGUGGAAGAGAACAUUCCGUCAUCAGAACUUUAUCCCAUUCAUCACCUGGACGGCCACGAGUUCUUUCCUGGUGACUUUGUCGUGGAGAACCAGGCAGACAACCCUCCUGCUCAUGAGUACGGUGUGGUGAAGCAGGUUGAUCAUUCCGGGAGGACGGCUGUGGUAACCAUGUUCAAGACGUACCUGGCUGGCACCGAUCCUCACCCCGAAGCGCUCGGCGUGAAAGAAGUCAGCGUCUACGACAUCAAAGACCAUCCCGACUUCAAGUACCGCCAGGCCUCGUGCAUUAUCAGGGUUGCCAACUUUGAAGCAACGCAACAGCGUAACGCAGGGGUUCUCAAACUGGGUUCCGCAGUGUCUCACGAGGGGUACCACAGCUGGUCGCAAGUCCAUGGAACGCUCACAACGGACAAGGACUCUGAGUCAUCCGCUGGGCAAGUGGUGGAGCUUCACACGAGCGGAAAGGUGGAGGUGCAGUGGGUGAACGGCAAGAAGUCACUGUGCUAUCCUCAAGAACUGUACCGUAUUGGAGAGUAUGACUCCGAUGACCUCUGGGAGGACGGAGAUGAUGAUGAUGACACGUCGUCCGACGACUCCUGGGAGACUGAGUCCGAGAAGUCCCUGGUCGGUGAAAUCACCUCUCCCGACGGCUCGAGGCCCGCGACCAAGCUGGACGCAGAAAUCGCGGGCAAUCGGACGAGCCGGCAGUCACAGAAGCUGCCGUCACGGCAGUUAUCGGACAGCGGGAACAAGACUCCGAGCGGCGUCACCGUGGCGGGCAGCGAAGAGACGGCCGAAAACCUGUGUAACAGGACGCAGGGGCAAAUAGAGCUCCUGCGACACAACAUGGCCCGCCUCGAGGAGCUGUUCACGCAGAAUCCCGCGCUUCAGAACUGCACGGUCGUGCGGAAACUGUUGGAGCUGUACAAGCACUGCAAGAUGUUCGACCACCUCUUGGGCACGGCGUACUUCCAAGAACGCUGCCUGCAGUCGCUCGUCGACCGACUCCGGCAGCGCGGUCGAAUCAACAGCACCCAGCAUGUCUCCGACCAGGUUGCCAGACUCUUUUCCUCGAAUCUGGAUUCUGCGUCCGAAGAAAAUGGAGCCGUGACGCCCGAGGAUAAUCUCCAAAGCGUAUCGGACACCUCGCUCGUGUUCAGCGAAGAAGUUGCAGAGGAGCCCCUGCAGCAGGUUCAUCCGCAGCCACGAAAGCCGACGAGCGUGAGCACGCGCCUAGAGGGCGCCACUGGUAUGUCGAAUGUCUGCCAUCAGCUUUAUUCCAUACUCAAGACCAAGCUGCUUAAGGCUCACGAAGAUGUGCAGGGACGAUUCGGUAUGUCAGCAGCGCAGCUGGAAAAUGCGGCAAACGAGCCGACAUUGGAGCUGGAGAGUGUGGUCAAAGAGGAAGAAGAAGCGCAAAAGGGAGAGGAGGAAAACGCCUCAAAGUCUGCGGAAUGCGUGCAAGCGGAAAACGGCAAAGUUGAAGAAUUCGCCGAGGAGGGCACGAAGGGGCAAGGUGUUUUUUCAACGUUAGAGGCGGUUCCAGAUUGUCACAAGUACAAGCUCUCCAUACUUCAGCCACACGAUCCGAAAGCCUUUUUUAGGAUGGUCAAGAAAGAGAUGAACCUUCUCAAUACUUCCCUGCCCGAAGGAAUUAAUGUGAAGUCGUUCGAAGACAGAAUGGACCUUUAUUCUGUGCUGAUCAAAGGCCCAACGAAGACACCCUAUGAAGAUGGCGUCUUCCUCUUUGACAUUCAGUUUCCCGCGGAGUAUCCAAAAGCUCCUCCGCUGGUCCACUACGUUUCCUACUGCAGCGAUCGGCUCAACCCAAACCUCUACGAGGGAGGGAAAGUCUGUGUCAGCCUCCUCGGUACCUGGGGAGGGAAGGGCACUGAGGUCUGGAGUCCGAAAACUUCUAGUCUUCUUCAGGUUCUCAUUUCUAUUCAAGGCCUAAUCCUGGUGUCAGAGCCCUACUUCAACGAAGCUGGCUACGAACAGCAGCGAGGCUCCCAACAGGGGUCGGAGAAUAGUCGCAUGUACAACGAGAUGGUGGUGCUCAAGCUGGUGCAGGCCCUGGGCAAGAUGAUCCAGAACCCUCCCGAAGUUUUCAAGAGCGAACUGGAAGCGCACUUUGGGGAAAGUGCUGGGAGGUUCAUGAGCCGGCUGGAAGGCUGGCUGGAGGUGUCCGAGGCGUGGCACAACGAGAACACGGUCUCUCUGCCGGACCCAGAUUCGCUGGCCUCUUUUCUUGCAGAAGGUGGCUGGGACCACGUGACGCUGCCCGAGUUCCCACUGUUGCCAGCAUCUCGUGGUUUCUGCCUUACCUUACGGAAAUCACUGGCUGCCUUCAAGGAAAUCUUGGCCGCUGCUGGCAUCAUGGAACAGUAACUUAGAUGACGUCCCUCUAAUGUACAUUAAUGCAUUUGUACAGAUACCGCUGCCAUAUUGGGUUGGUGCGCUCUGGGAGCAGCUUCGGUCCUGCAGAGGGCGUUGCUUUGCCUGCUGUGGUAGAACUCUUGCCUUCUUGCAAUUACUUUGUACACUGUUUUGUCGGAGUCUGGCAACGUGGUGCGGAGAACUGUGGUGCAUACGAAAACCUGGUGCCUCAAAGACGGAAGAUAUGCCAUAUUCCACGAGGCGCUCGUGAGGAACGGCAGGUGUCGUAUCGCGUUUAAGUUAUAUAAUAGUGAAAUUAAAAAUUCAUGCAGCAUUGGCAA